CCAUAAUGCAACAUGCACUUCCUGUCACAACAAAUGCACAUGUACAAGAUUGUGUUGAUUGCUAUGGUUGUGUACAGCAUCCAGUAGGUUACAGUGUCUGAAGAUUACAAUGGAAGAUGUCAAGCGCAGACUUCAGUUCCAGAAUCCAGGCAUUCAAGUUCAGGCUGUUUGGAAGUUGUAUACUUUGCUGAAGAAAAAGUCGGAAGUCAAACCUAUCGAUUCAUCCAUUCCAGAGAUUCCUGAAUUAAAACAGCUGUGGGAGUUGUGUAGCCAUGGUGACCAGGUGACAGCACCAUCAAGCUGUCAAGCUCUGGUGAAGUUGGUGAGCUUGAAUCUAGCAGACUUCACGUUUAUACUGAACGGACUUCUCAACCUGGUUCCUACUGCUAGGAAUCUUCUCGGUAUUGUUUGUGCUGUUAGAGACUUGUUGGUGCUGCAGGCUCGCGGUAUUCUUCAAAACAAGGAUGGCUACACAAGUCCAUUUUCUAUCAGGAAUCCACCACACCCAUUCAUCACUAUACUGAUAAACCGACCAGACAGUUGGCCAGUAUUACAACAACAGGUGCAUCAUGUUUGCUGUCACCAUGACAACAGCAUCCGUGAGAUUUCGCUGGAUUUGCUGUCUGGCUUCAUCAAGUUUGUGUUUCUCGAACCACAGCAGAUGACUUCCUACCAGCUGAUGAGAAAUGGCCUCCAGAGGGCGCUGCUUGAUGCCUGUUAUCAGGUCGCGGUGGAGGAUGCCAUCAGAAUUGUCUCCUUUCUUACAUCUCUCUUACCCGCCUUCCAGCUGGUGAGUGCAGAUCGUGUGUGUACCUGUAGUGAGCUGCUGUCCGAGUUGGUGCAAGUCAUCCUGGUGCGACGCCUGGAGCUGAGUCCUCAAGCAACUCUUCGUCAGCUCGUGUCUGCAGGUUUCUCACUUAUCAGGGCAUCCUGGGCCACCAACCUUGACUCCAGUGGUCUUCAGAGGCGACUGCUACAGCUGGCUCAAGUUUUUCCACAGAGUGUGGACUCGGAAGUGAACUUGGUUACGUUGAGUGAGCUGUUGGUGAUAUUUAAUGGUUAUGAGACUCAACAUCUGCUGGAAAUAGGUCAACAUGUUCUCAAAGUUUUGGACGACUGCUGUUCUCUUGUGGCGGCCAUGAUGACUCUUCCUCUUCUCCAGAUUGUGUCACUUCCACCCUCUCCUGUUGUGUCUCCAAGUCAGCAGAAAUCUCUCUCUGUCCUAGCAGCUGAUCUUCUUUCUUGUGUGCACAAAGCCCUCAAAUCAAGCUCCAGUGAUGACAAGAAGGGUCACAAAGUUUGGCCCAGUGAGAUAGAGAGCAGCCUGACAUCCGAGGGAUACAGCAACCAGACAUGUGUUUCUCUCGCCCACGCUCUUUCAUCCAGCACGUCCACGGCAACAACAUGGCUCGAGAAAGUCCAGCAAAAUGUCUGCCUUCUCAAGUGUGCCCCACACAAUAUCACCAACUUGGCUGCUGCUCUUCUUGUUACCUCCACUUCUAAAGAGCUGACUGAAGUCAGUGUUUUCACCUUGGUUCAGAUUGCCAGAGUUGACCAUUCGCAGGCACCCAGUCUUCUACCUCUGUUGCUUUAUAAGCUGUCAAGAGAAAAUGACCCAAACACAAAGUUGGUGAUCUUGGAAGCUAUACCAUUGUUAGCAGUUGAUAAAAUCUGUGUGCCUCCACUCCUGAAGACCAUACAGCUGAUAGGCCAGCAGUCUCAGCUGAAGGCGCUGUCUAUCCGGCUGCUCACUUCGUUGUGGAAGUUACAGGACCGGGUGUUCCCUCAUCUCCUGAAAGCCUUGACAACCAGCGACUCGGACAAACCAAGCCAAGUGGAUGAAGUAGUGCUGGCCAAGUCUGCCGCUAUCAGAGAUAUCUGUCAACUUAGACCCGCACAGCAUGGCGCCGAUCUUCUGUCCAUAUUGUCGGACAUCUUGAAUAAACAUGGUGGCGAGUCGGGCGCCGCAGCUUGUGGUCUAGCUCUGGAGGCUCUUGUCAGUCUGUGUCAGUCAGAGGUGAUAGAUGUGCGUUCUGCUUGGUCUGCGCUGUCAGCAAAACUCCUCCAUGACAGCAGACCUACAGUUGUUGACAAAAUCUGCAGUUUGUUUGCACUUGUCCCAUCGGUGGCUGUUCAGACCCCAGAGUUUGAGGUGUUCCAGACUGAAGUAGUGAUGAACCUCUGGUUGUACUGUCACAGUCACUGUGACGAGAUUCGCGGUUCAGCAUACCAGGCACUGGCUGCGUUCACACCAAACCACUUCAGAGUGAGCUUCUUGCCCAGACAGGUAACAGAAGACUUUCACCAGCAGGCGGCGGCCAUGAUUGAGGAGCAGGAGAAACCCGAGCUGACAGUGGAUGACAUUCUACCCUUUGUACCCGGCUGCUGCUACACACGUCUCUUGGACUCACUCAGUACAGAGGUCCUCAAAGACUAUGAAGUGUUCUUAUCAUCUAUGGUGGCCUCAGAAGUUCAAGGUCUGCCACGUGGUAUCUACUACACAUCGCUACGACGACAGGGUGCAGCGACUAAUCAUGGAAAGGCCAUCGACAGUAUUCCAGCAUUUAUUCUUUCCAAGUACGAGAAGUGUAAUCAGCCAGGAUUGACCCCAGCACUUACAGCCGGCUUGCUGUUCUGCCACGACCCUGUGGUAGUAGUGGGUCGAGACGGCCGCCCGCGCCGACACUACAUCGUGACACACGGCAAGACGUACCGCCAGAUGUUGUCCACGCUGCUGCACGAGGUCCCCAUCCAGCCGUCCGAGUGGCACCGCACAAUGCUCACACCGCAGGCAUGGACGUCACUCAUCGACAGAGUCUACAUCGCAAUCAUCGAGAGCAGGAAGGCGGAGCUGGAGGUACAGAUAAGAAAUGGAGACAUCGACACCAAGGAGGCCAAACAUCUCCAAGACUCUUUGUGGCUUGAAGUUCGAGACUUGUUAGCAGACAUGAUCAAGGAAACUUCCAGGGGCAAUCCCACAAUGCAAGGCAAUUCGGUGCUUGCUCUCGCCGGAUUGGCUGUCUCUGUGUCUCGUUUUGCAUCCAGUCUUGACAAGAAGAGUUUACAGGAUGAAGGCGUGGCUACACAGCAUAUUGGACACUCUCAUUGGUUGACUGUUGUCAUGGAUACCAUUAUGCAUGUCAUGGAUGUUACAUUCAAGCCCAAGGAGAAAUUAUUGGGUCUCUGUCAGCAGAGAAGUGCGACUGAUCGUAUCCAGGCGAGCCUCCUCGCGAGAUCCUCUGCCUGUCUCGCUCUAGCUGAGCUGAUUCCCAUCCUCAUCACCAUGGAUACAGAGAGGAUUUAUAAAAUCCUCAUCAUGAUCACACAAGGCCUUCCAGGGAAAGCAGCGAAGGACUCCUCUCCAGUGUUCCAGUUUUACUCGGGUCUUGCUCUCGGCAUGUUUCUUGGGAGACUCUUUGAAGAACACUUUUCAAAUCUGGGAGGAACAAAAGGCAUGGUUGAAGUGUGGAAAAGUCUUGAGAUUCUGGAGGACUGUUGCUUAGCAACAGAUCUAGAGAACCGGUCUGGCAGUCUGCUAGGUCUUGGACUGGCAAUCAGUGGUUUAUGUGAAGAAGGCAAGACCGAUUCCCGAGUGCAUGUUGCCAGCAUUCAGGAGAAACUCAUGGGAUUGUUGGAUCACACUGAUGUCAAACAGUCAGAGUUUGAGGCAAUAUGUGUAAGCUUAGCAUGUAUAUCUGGCCGAGCGUUUGGUUCCAACAACUUGACAAUAGAGAGGGUGAACGCCACAGUUGAUAGUCUACACAGACUGCAUCUUGAACAUCCACAGGUCACUGGACUGAGUUUGGCUCUUGGAAUGUUGUGUUACAGUCUGGGCCGAGCAAGCCAUCCUACCAUUGGUCAGAAGAGUAACAAGCUGAUGACUGAUUGGAUGAAUGUAUUGUCAUCAGAGAACACACCACUGGAAAAGGUUGCAGCUCUGAAUGGCUUGAUGGCUUUGGUUGGCUCAGAAAGAACACUUGUUUCGGUUCAGAGCAGCAGUUCGGCUGUAGUUGGUGCUGAUGUCAAUAUCAGCAAAGUCAUCAAGAUGGCAUCUCAGGUCAUCUCCAUGGAUACCGAUCUCGGCAUUCAGUGUAAUGCGGCAUGGAUGCUGGGUCACCUCUACCUGUCGGCAUGUUCUGUGUCUGAGACGCGGGCCAGUGCACCUCCAAGUUAUGCCUACCUUCCAGAAAGUAGUAUCCUCAGAUCAGUUGUGGAGCUUUUGCUAGAAGCAGGAAAACGAGGUCCCGAGUUUGUGCCAAAAGAACAUGUGAAGGUCGUCUUGACAGCUUUGUUGGAGGAGGUCAAACAAGUGAUGCCACCACUAAACUGGGCUGGAGUGCUCUCCCCUUUUAUGAGACUUGACUUUGGUGUUGACGUGCAGUGUCUUUCUCUACGACUGGCCGUGGUUCAGAGUUCAUCGUCCGUCACGGCGGCCAUGUUUCUGUCAACAUGGCUCACAGCUCCUCUCAUCAACACACUGGAAUCUGACUGCUUGGUAGUUUUAUACAACUCCCUUCCACAUCUUAUCAAGUGUCUGUCGCCAGAGAUUCUAAAUUCCUUCAUUGAACACGGCAGCACUGAGGCAUUUUCUUCACCAAAUGUCCCACAAUGCACUGCUCUGCUGGAGGGUGUGAAGCAGGGGCUGAUGGUGAAGGACCCCCCGGAGUCUGUCACUGCCAUCAUGUACCAGGCCGUGGGCUUCAUCUACAAACUGAUGCCAGCAAACAUGCAGCUGGAUCUGUACCGUCUAAUGGCCGAGUGUCUGUGUAACCUGCCAGACGAGACAUUUGAUAGGAUCACCGAGAAUGAUUUCAACCAAUCAGACACACAGCUGAAGGGCGUCUUUGUGCGGUGCUAUGCUGUGGCCAAUGGGAGACAACCCUGUGCACUUCUCAACCUGGCAAUAGACUCCAUGUGGAGGAGUCGGUGUUGCAAUGACCCCGUGAUACAAGGCCUGUUGGCUCACUGUUUCUAUCAGAGUAUGUUUGUGAAGGUUGACUGUACUGGAACCCUGCCACGCCUUCAGUGGUUGCUAGAGCUGAUGGGUCACGUGAAGAACAUAGCAACAGGAACUGUAACUCUGUCUGAACAGGCUCAACCACUUAAUCAGGUGAUAGAGAGUGCUGUGGACAUCGUAGCGUGUGCUGUCGGUCUAUGGACGACGUCAUCAGCCGCCAACUCACUGGGGCUGCAGCCACUACUGCUAUCUGUGGACAUCACUGACAGCGACACAUCUUCUAAACGUGACGUCACUCAGGAUACACAAGUAGAACUGAUAACUGACAGCGAUACAUCGUCUAAACGUGAUGUAACUCGGGAUACACAAGUAGAACUGAUCACCAGCAGUCUCAGCUCUCUUCUGUGGUGUAUUGAGAAUAUGGAGAAAGAACCCUGGGAUCAAAUUUCACCAAAGGUGAUUGACUUCCUCAGCACACUGACAUCACUGGAACACACGGCUCUGUCAGAAUCAUGCAAAACUAAACUUACAUCUGUACUGCUGAUGAUGCGUCACAGUAAAUCAUUCAGGAAACCAGCCGUGUGGACUCGGGUGUACUCCACCAUGGGAGACAACUCUGCACAUUCACAUUGAGAACAAGACCAACUGCUUCAGUGUUAAGCAAAAUAUUAGUUUUAAUUUAAAACAAAAUCAGAACAUAUUCUAUUAAUGAAAAGAAUUUAUUUGACAAUGUGGAAAACCAGGAUGGAUUUCAAGAAUUAAAAAAAAAAAAAUUCAAUUGAAAUGAUUUAUACCACAAAGUGAAAAUGAGGACAGAUUUCAGGAAAUUAAUUGAAAUAAUUUAUGGAACAAGGAUGAAUUUUAAUUUUCUUUGUGGUUGAAUAUCAGAAAUGACAGGUGCAGAGCAAGCUAUAUAAGCCAUUUCAUAUUAAUUCUGCUACGUUUUCUGUAAACCUGGACACCGUAAUAAACUGUUGUACUUUUAAGCAAUCCCCAUUCUAGUUAGCUGUAAGGUACAAGGAAAAGAAGCCUUGUUCUUAAAUGUUUUAUGGGCCUACAUUUUGGUCUUUCUCAUGGUCCAUACAGAAAUUUCAAACCUAAAUUUAGGGGCUUUUUAGCGUCAAUGUAAGUAAAAUUAGGGACUAAAACUUUGCCGUUUGCCAUUUGUAAUGACCUUCGAACUCGACAAAAUAAUGGGAGUGUUCGAGCGGGCCAUCGGAAUCGACAGAGAACUGUCCUACACAUUUUCAUAAACAUAAAUACGUAGAACACACAUAGGCAUUAAAUUCUGAUUCAGUUCAGAUAAUUUUAGAAUAUUCUGUUUUAUUUAGUUUGCACUUAGAUUAAGACUCAAGAUUGGUUAGUAUUUUAGAAACAUGUUUCAUUUUAGAAUGACAGAGAUCAACAAAUGAAAGUAAAUAUCGAUGUGUUUUUGGCAAUUUAUUUAAUGUUUUAGGGCUUAUAUAGCCCAAUUUAGGGUCUUUUGUGAACUUGCCCACAAAAUAUAAGAAGCUUUUAGGGCAACCCUUCAAAUUUUGGGCCUCUUCAAAAAUGUGCGAACCUUGUUUCUUUUCUUUAUUAAAUGAAGAAUUAAAAUGGGUUGUGAGAAAUUUUUAUUACAAAUAACUAUUAAAACAUAGUAUUAAAUAAAACAAUAGGAUAUA